CACCCGCCUACCCUGCAGCAUCGGCCGUAAUUUCAUAUCCCAGUUCCGGCGGCAUCAUCUGCCCUGGAUGUAUCCGUCAAUGCACCAAGGCCGGUUCCUUUGGUCCCUCGCUCGACCCUGCCGUUUCGUCGCGCAUCGCCGGUAUCCCGCCGCGGUUCUCUCGCAAUCCCGUCGAUUCCAUCUCUCGCGAGCAUGGCUAACCUCAACCCCCUCCGAUCCUCAUGAUUCCCGGGAUAUCACCACGGAAAGCAUCUCCGGUGCUAUCCCCACCCACAACACCGACUCCGCCCCGUCAAGCGGCGAUGCGUCCGUCACGGCGCCUCCGAUAGAGCGAUCUGGGAGGAAGGAUUCGAGUCCUUACGGUUCGGCGGUCCGGAGGAUAGGAAGACACAGACGGGCGACGCCAGAGCGUUCUGCUCCGGUGGCGACUAUUCCGGACUGGUUUCGCGAGCGAAACCGGAUUGUCAACGAUGGGAAAGCAACGGGCCACGCCGAAUCAUUACAACACGUGCAGAUACGGUCGUCCGAAGCUCAACAAGAACACGAAGCAGCCGAACAACAGGGUCAAGGCGGCAAUGGAAACGAAACACCACCACCCUCGGAUGGAGCCAGCGUUCUAGAGCAGCGGUAUGCUUUGACCGAAGCGCUGUGGGAGGAGCUUUGUGCGUCCGCGCGGGCAGGACUGCGACUCCCGCCGAUGAAGUACGCCAAAGAGCCCUCCGCGCGCAAGUCACACCUUGUCCUUCAAUACCCGGGCGUCGAUGGCAUUCUAUUUUUGGAUGCGGUGGUGAAGAGGCUGGCUCAGGAGCUGGGUGCGGAUCUGGUGACACUGAAUGCGCAGGACAUUGCCCAGCUGUGCAGUGAACAGGACUUGGCGGAUGUCGGUACGACGUCGGCCAUCCGAUCGCUCAGCUAUGAGGUAUACCGGCCGUCUAUCUCGGAUGCCUGGCAAGAGGACGGCGCCCAAGAGGAGCCCGAUGACGAUGUCGUUGAGAUGCCGCGCGGGUUCCGAUCGGGCUUUCAAUCCCCCAAAUUCGUUGCUAUUGAGAGUCCUCCAAGCUCCGGUGGAACCUCUCUGCCCAAUCUACUAGGCCUAAAGUCAUUGGUGGCCUCGUUUAAUGUUCCGGUGGACAGCGCGGCUGGCUCUUCAUCGCAUGGUGCCGUUGACCAAACAGAAGAUAGGCGGCUUCGGCUACUGCGCGAAAUCCUUUCCCUGUCCAGCAAACCAUCAAAGCCUUCGACACCAGUAGUAGAGGAAAGCGGAGAAACCUCCCCCGAGCUCUCAGAAGACCGCAACCCUAUCCCUCGGCGGGAUGUCAUCAUUCAGGUCCAAGAUUACGGCGACAUCCAAAGCACUCGGGAAGGCCCCAAAUUCAUCAAACUACUACAGAAAGCUAUCGAUGAGAAGAGGAAGAACGGAUCCCGGGUCUUGUUCGUUGGUACUUCCGCACAGGAGGCCCCUCUGGAUUCGGAUGCCUCCAGGCUCAUCCAGAACGCCUUCGAUGAUCAAUUCUCACAGAUGCUGGUCAUCACUCCCGCCAUGAAGGCCGAAGCGGCAGAAACCACAUUCACCGAAGACCGGAAGAAGCGAACCCUCGACAUCAACCUUCGCCACAUCCAAGAUCUGUUGCGGACACGGCUCACUGAACACCCCUCGGCGGUGAAAGACGAUAUCUUCCGUGACCGUGCCUGGCCCUUGGACUCGACUCUCGUUAAAAAUAGCGGACUUGAGGAACGCUACUGGCCUUACAGCCAGGUCCACUGGGCUACAACUCUUGCCCUUGGCUCUAUCAAGUCGGAUGAACCGUUUGGAUUCGAGCACAUUCAACGAGGGAUGGAGAUGAUGCAGAAGACCGAGCGGAUCAAGGACGACUGGAUGCAGGAAAAGACGCCUAAAGCGAAGACCAGCGAGCCCGGCAAUGAACGGGAACGCUUGAUAAGUUCUCUACGCAAAACUUGCAAUACACACGAGAAGAAGCUCUUGAACGGAGUCGUCGACGCGAACAGCAUCCGCACCACAUUCGCGGACGUGCACGUCCCUCCCGAAACCAUCGACGCAUUGAAGACCCUUACUUCUCUUUCUUUAAUCCGCCCCGAGGCGUUCACCUACGGUGUCCUGGCGACGGACAAGAUCCCUGGCCUGUUGCUUUACGGGCCCCCCGGUACGGGUAAGACGCUCCUCGCGAAAGCCGUGGCCCGCGAGAGCGGCGCGACGGUCCUUGAGGUCAGCGGGUCCGAGGUCUACGAUAUGUAUGUUGGAGAGGGAGAGAAGAACGUCAAGGCCAUCUUCACGCUGGCCAAGAAGCUCAGCCCCUGUAUCGUGUUCAUCGACGAGGCCGAUGCCAUCUUCUGCUCCCGCACCGGAGCCAGCAGCCGCACGUCUCACCGCGAGCUCAUCAACCAGUUCCUGCGGGAAUGGGACGGCAUGAACGACAUGUCGGCCUUCAUCAUGGUCGCGACGAACCGGCCGUUUGAUCUGGACGAUGCGGUUCUCCGACGUCUCCCCAGGCGACUGGUUGUGGACCUUCCCACCGAGCAAGAUCGCCUGGCCAUCCUGAAGAUCCACCUGAAAGAGGAGACUCUGGAUGCCUCGGUCGACCUGGCCGAAUUGGCACGCCGCACACCUCUGUACUCCGGUUCCGACCUGAAGAACCUGUCCGUAGCGGCCGCUCUUGCGUGCGUUCGGGAGGAGAACGCGUUGGCCGCACAGCACAAGGGCGAGGAGCCGUACCAGUAUCCUGCCCGACGCACACUGACCCAGCAGCACUUCGAGCGCGGAAUGGAGGAGAUCAGCGCCUCCAUCAGCGAGGACAUGUCGUCCCUGUCCGCGAUCCGCAAGUUCGACGAGCAGUACGGCGACCGCAAGGGCCGGCGCAAGAAGAGUGCCGGCUGGGGGUUCACGCCGGCGGGCGUGGACGAGUCGGCGAAUGCCGUCGAUGCGGCGCGCGUGCGCACAUGAAGAGACCGGGUAGACCUGUAUUCGAAUAAUCUAUAGAAUCGCACGGUUUGGGUGUUACAUAGAUCAGAAUUUGUUUUCCGUUUGUAGGGCCGGAGCGGGUUGGUUGGGGCUGGGAAGGAUGGCAGGCACUGGCUGGACUUGUAUACUAUUAGCGACACGAA